AUGGCCUUAUCUUUCAGUAGUGUAGAAAUUGCUGUAAUGUUGCACUUUAUAGGCUGUCCCAAAGUUUCCUCCCCUCUGUAUGCAGAUGUGAACAUGAUGCAGAAAUACAUUUGGUUUAGCCUCCUGGAAGCAGAUGCUACAACACCAGUAGAACAUGUGCUUAAUGUUUUCAGUUUAAAGGAUGCCAGGAUAUUUGUACUGAUUGUCUUCAUGCAGACUCUUGAUGUUAUUUCCACAGUCCAUCUUGAUUCCUUCAAUCUUUACUAUAUUUCCCCUGUUGAUGGUAAAGGUGGCACAGUCCAAAUUCAGCUGCAAUAUCCAUUUCAGAUGGAGUUUUUCCAUACAGCUUCAGAUUGUCCAGGUUUAACCAAAUCAAGUAAAGAUCAAGUGGAUCCUUAUGGUUCCUAUUUCAUGGAAGCGGUCGGUUUCUUUGUCAUCUUCCUCGCCCGCGGUGGCAGCUAUGGGCUCGGUCACUUUUUACUGCUACUGCUGCCCGGCGUCUUGUUGGGCCUAUGUGCCGAGGAGAGCCUUCUUCCUGGCCGACGUUUGUUACUGCAAAGUGGUUUGGAAGAAAUAGUUUUGGGAGGCCGACACCGCGCUUGGCCCUUGGACCUGGAGGAUCUGCCGUCGCUUGAAUCGGGAUUCUUAAGGGUUUUGCAGGAGCCGCAGCUGGAUCCAGAGUGCAAGGAGCUCUUGAAUGCCUUCGUCAACAGCAGCCUAAGAUUGGCUGGCUGCUUAAUACAGAGCGCCCGGCCUGUGACGCUCUGCCAAAACUGCUAUCACCAAUUCGGGGAAGUCAUGCAGCAGUUCAACAACAUCGAGAAUACUACUAAGAGUAACCGUUGUGCCCAAAGUCUCUUGAUGUCAGACAGGCUACAGAUGGUUGCACUUGUGAACAAGUUUUUUAAUGAUACAUGGAUAAAAGCUAAUUGUGCAAAUUGUUUAAACCAGAAGAAGGAAGGCUUAUCAGCUAGUACAGUGACGUUCCUGGCCUUAUACAAUGAAUCAAUGGCAUGCUUUAAACAGAACCUCCAGGAAGGUAACCUGCUACCAAAUAACUACUCAGAGGUCUGCGAGAAGUGCAAUAGUACAUAUAAAAACUUGAGUUUUCACUACAGUGAGAUACAGAAGAAUGAGCAGCAAGAGGAAUCUGGAGAACAGUUUCAUUUGUGCAUUGAUAUAGAGGAUGCAAUGAACAUCACACAAAGGCUGUGGAGCACAACUUUUAAUUGUUCUGUCCCCUGCACAGAUACAGUGCCAGUGAUUGCAGUUUCUUUGUUCAUUUUCUUUCUACCACUUGUUUUUUACUUGAGUACCUUCCUUCAUUCAAAGCAGAAAAAGCGCAUCCUGAUUCUGGGUAAGCGCAUCCACUCAAAUGCCAGCUUUGCGAACAUCCAAGAUAAAUCCAACUGAGCUGUGGGAUGCAAUGAGAUAUUAAUUUGAUUGUUCUGAAGACAAUUAUAAUUUAACUUUACAUCAUGCUGUAAUAAAAGACUGUGUCUCAGAUAGGUGUAUGCACUAUUGUGCAAUAGUUCUCAGUGGGAAGCCAUGACCUCCAGAGACGAAAAAGAAACUAUAUUCCUUCCUUCAAUCCUUUUUGAACUUUAUCUUACUUCCUGAUUGGUAAUGUUUUUAUACUUAUAUAAUGGAUCAAUAACAUUGACUUCCAUAUAUGAUGUGCUUACAUGAACAUUCCUUUCUAAUUUUUACCUGAAUGCGGAUUUAUUUAAAAGUUAUCAUUAUUGAAAAAUGAAAAAAAAAAGAAUUCAAUGGCUUAAUAUUUAUUAGCAGAUAAAUCUUAGUGUUUAGUCUACGUUACUACUGUACUUUCCGGCGUAUAAGAUGACUUUCGAAAGCGUUGAAAUCGGCGCCGAAGUCGGGGGUCGUCUUAUACGCUGAGUCAUCUUAUACACUGGAAAUAACGGUAGUUUCCGGCGUAUAAGACGACUUUCUAGGUAUGCGACUCGGCACCGAAGUCGAGGGUCGUCUUAUACGUCGGGUCGCCUUAUACGCCGGAAAAUAUGGUACUUAAAAUGCUAUUUGGUUCAGAAAUAAAUUUUGAAUUUUAUAUACUAUAUUGCUGGCAACAAAACCGAUUAUUAGAAUUAUAAUAAUUACAGAGUUUGACUUAAGUAAAAAAUGUCAUGUCUUGAUAUUUCUAGUGUUGCAUAUUUGAAUAAGCUCUUAUCUCUGUUGGCUGGUUAAAAGCAAGAUUAAACUAACUGAAACUCUGUUAUUUAAUUAUACUCUACCCCUAAAACUAUUUUUUAUAAAGUGGCUUUGUAUGUAAGGGUACAUAGUAUAUUUAUUAGAAUUUACAGACAGUAUUUUAUUGCAUUUGUAUAUAUUACCUUGGAAAAGUUACCCAAACUAAAAGAAAAAAAAAAGCUGAACAGCUUGGGGAAAUUGGGUUAAGAGAAUAGAAAGAAUUAAUAUAUACAUUAUAGGGAAAAGUGAUUUAUUUAUUGUUUUGGUAGAAUAAUUUCAUGGUAUUUAAAUAACAAAGAAUAUUGAUAGAUUUGUCUAUUAUUUUAUUAAGACAAUUGCAGGCUCUUGGUGUCUGUUUGCAGUAGAAUUUAGUGAUUUAACAAAAAGUACAUUUCGAGUGCAGUUUUGGGGCUUCUGGGAGGCAAUGGAAAUACUGCACAUUUCUCUCUCUGCAGAUAGAGAAGAAACUGCUAAAAUGGUGUUCUCUUAAAUAGUGUAGAAUAGUCCUCAGCUGAAGUUGCCUUGCCAGCCAUGCUUUGCAGUUAGCAGUAACAAAAAAAAAGAAGAAGACGACAUUGAGGAAAAGUCAAGGGUAUCAUUGGACAAGCUUUGGUUGGGCUCAUAACAUCAUAUUGAACUGUGAUUUUUUUUAAUAAUAGUUUUCUCAAGAAACCAAAAUUGACUUGGUUUAUGUAACAUGUUUUGCCAGGGUGAAGAAUCCAAAAUUGACUUGGUUUAUGUAACAUGUUAAGCCAGGGUGAAGAAUCCAGUCCCUCGUUACCUAAUUAGAGGAUUGGCUAAAAUUUUGGGAACCAUUUUUUAAAAAAUUUUUUGGGAGGGAUUAAAGCUAUCCUUAAAAAACUCUAAAUUCCCUCUAAUAGACCAUUGUUUCCUUUUUGGCUGAAUGAGCCUUGUCAAUCAUUGCUCUUGGUACUGGAAAAAAUAAAGAACUUCUGAAGCUAGUGUUGUUAUUAUCCUCCCCAUUAGAUCUAAUGAAAAACAAGAUUAAAAGUAAAUUUUUUGUUUAAAAAAAAAUUCCCUAUUUCCUCCCCUAUAUCUGUGUAGUUAGUGCUGAAUACAACCUAAGAAUAAUUUGCACAUGGAUUAUGCAGUAUAUUCAGGAAGGCAGUUGUUUAAUUAGUUAUUUCUACCCAAGAAGGCAAAAGCUGUUGCAUGGCACUCCUAAAUAGUUUGCAGAAUCUCUUUUUAAGUAGCUUGGUGGAAGCAGCAGUAGAUUAUUGUUGGAAAAGCAAGGGCUUAAUACCAAACAACUUCUAAUGAAUGGAAAAUGCAUUGGGGGGGUGGGGUGGGGUUAAGGAAUAUAUCCAAUUAUGAAAUGUCAUUGUUUCAUCCUAAAACUAAAUUUUUCCAUCUGAGUCACAGUUGGCUCAUGGUACUUGUUCAGUGCAGAUUUGGAAAAAGUUGGGGUGUUAAGCCAUUCUUAAUCAAAUGAACUGCUCUGAUCGAUGCUGAGUUGCUGGCUAUAUUUUAAUGAGAUCCACACACACUUAUGACUGUAUAAUAGUAUUAGUGACAAGCUAAUUAUAUUUGAUCAGCAGGGCUAAGCUGAUUUGAAAUAAAAAUAUGCUGACUUCAAGAGAGUUCUGGAUUUGGGCCAGAAUUACAAAAAAUGGGCAGGUAAUUAUUGUAGAACAUGACCUGUAUGUUGAAUGAAAUAAUAGAAAUAAGAGCAUAUGCAGCAUAGGUUCUGAAAAAGAUUUGUAUGCCACUGAUACAACAACCUGCCUACUAGCAUGUUACUUUUUAUAUUUUAAGAUAGCUAUUUUUCUAUUCAGACAUGUAGAUUUAGUCAUGUCCUGCCCUUUAAUAGCAUUACAUUGAUUUGAAGCAUCACAUGAUGGGGAAUAGCUCAAAGCAAUCUUUUAUUUAUGCUGUGAGAGAUUUUGUGCAUAGAAAGGCACAGUAUAACAGAUUUGCUUAUUAGCUGUGGCUUUUUAAAGACAUUUGCAUUAAAUAUGUCUGAAAGUUACUAUCUAGGAUGGUGACUAGGCACUUUUCACAAAAGGUAUUUUGAUGAUUUUAUGAUUUUCUUAAUUUUUAAGCCAAAUGAAAAGAAUUUUCUAUUGCUUUUCUGUAUAAAUGUAAAAAAGGAGAGACCUAAGUUAUUUCUAAACUUGAAGAUAGCUGUUUUAUGAUACAAUAAUAUAUUUUUCAUAUUGUUUAAAUUGCACAUGAUAUACACAUGUCUUAUUAAUGUAUUUUCCCUUCUCUUUAGUUUCAAUUUUAAACUUAAUGUACAUGUAAAAUGUCUCCAAUAACUAGCCAAAAAAAGUCUAAUAAAGAUAUGUUCUUUACAAUUA